CUUUGAAUGUUUCCAUCUUGAUAGGAUUUGCAGACCUCAGAUCCAAACACCCGAUUUCACCAAGAACCAAACAAGAAAAAAAAAAAAAACAAAAAAAAAAAACAAAGCAUAAUCAAGAUCAGGAACAAGGAAAACAAAGAAUCUCUUCAAGUAAAUAAAUGGAAGAAAGGGAAGGAGAUCCAAGAAUCUGCAUUGCCUCUUUCCUUUUUCUCUUCUGCAUUGUUACCGGUGGCGUCUUCCUUUCCCUCUCCAUCACCCUCCCCGAUGGAGGACCUUCUUGGUAUCCUGUUGUGGGGAUGAUUUUUGUAUGCAUCCCCUGGGUGUUUUGGUUAAUGGCUUAUGUUUACAGGUGCUUCAAACCAUGUUGCACAGCCAACCAAUUCGCUUCUCAUCAACUUCCCAGCCGUAACAACCACCCUACAAAAUCAAUUACACCACCUGCUUGCAGCCCCCGGACGCCUAAAGAUUCUGCCUUUAAUGAUGUACCUGCAUCGUCCCCAUUAUCGCCUAUGCAAUCUCCCAAGGGCGAUCGCCAUGUUCAUUUUGCUGGAAUUCAUGUCAUGCAGAACAAUGACAACAAUAAUAAUAAUGGUAAUAACAAUGAUACAGAUGCAGAUAUCGAAGCACAUUCGAGCAAAGAUGAAACAGAGAAUUCUCAUAAUCCCACAACAGCAGAGAAAGUACUUGAGAGACCGAAUUCGUCAAAGGAAAGUGAAAUUCCUUUAAGACUCACUGUCUCACCUUGAUACAUAUUGUAACCAUACAGGAUCUGAUCUAUGAGGAGAAUGCUUCACGUAUCAGGGACUCAUGAUUUGCAGGAUGCAUAGUAAAAACCAGAACCAAUGUGAUUGCAGGCAAGGGAUGUUCUUGGUGAAUUAUUUCCUGUAAUUUUGAUUGAAAAUGAUCAUGUUGCAAUGAACAAAAAGGAGAGAGGAUUUCUAUUGCAUUAGCUGAAAAAGCAGGAGAGACACAUAUAUGCAUUCUGUAAGUACUUGUAAGGGUUCUAAAUCUAGAAAGGUUUUGGUCUAUGAUCAUGUGAAGAAAAUUAGUGAAAAGAGGAGAACCUUUUCUUGA